UUGACUUUUUACCCAUUUUAUUGUAGAUUUAAAAACUGAAAUCUCUCCUUUACUAAAGUGUUCUGAGUCUUUGCUGUGGCUUGGCUGCUUCUUGUUUGCUUUAAUUAUCCCUGAGGUGUAGAAGUUGACUAAGUCCACCUGAGAUGUCCACCAAAGACACACAACUGAGUAUAUAAGGACCCCACAGUUCACACUGCAACUCAGCAUGAAAAGCAUUAAAUCCAGAGAACUCUCUGUGGAGAGGCUCAGAUCAGGGUGAAGGUUUAAGUCCAGGACUCUGGUCUGCCUGCUGGUGCAGUUUGAAUGUUUUGCAUAGCUGUUAUCCAAAUGUCUCAGUCAAAUGUGAGGUGAUGAGUGAUUUUUGCAUGAGAUGAUGACAGAGGGAGAUACACUAACAUAUAAAGGAGCCAAACCAGAGGGACAAAAACAGAUCUCAGGCUCUGAGUCCAGAUUAGCUUCACUCCUCUUCUCUUCUGAACCAGAUCAGCAGAGAUGGCAGACCUGAAGACUGCUGAGGCCAAGGACUGGAUCAAAUCUCUUAUUGAGGAGUCUCAGAAAGCCAAAGAGUUCUCCUACUGUCCCUACAGCCAGCUCAGAGUGGGAUCAGCCCUAUUAACAGAAGAUGAGAAGAUCUUCACAGGUUGUAACAUAGAGAAUGCCUGUUUCUACCUGGGCCUGUGUGCAGAGAGGACUGCCAUCAACAAAGCUGUGUCUGAUGGAUACACCAAGUUUAAGGCCAUAGCUGUGUCCAGCGACCUGGAGGAGCAGGUCAUCCCUCCCUGUGGCGCCUGUCGACAGGUCAUCAGAGAGUUUGGGGACAUACCCGUCUUCAUGACCAGGAUGGAUGGAUCCUACACCAGGAUGACUGUGGAGGAGCUGCUGCCUCUGUCCUGGAAUGCAGAGUACCUGAAGAAGAAUGAAUGAAUGACUGGAGACAGGAUAAAAUAUAAAGAUCAGGAUCUGAAACAUUUCACUGGAGGCUUCAGUUUCAUGUUUCUGUGUCAUCACUUCAAAUAAAAGCUUGUCUUCAGCAGCU